AUUAACUCGAGAAGGUUAAACAGCUUUAACAGCAGCGGGAGGCGGAUGAGUUUUCACUCUCUGUGCAGGAACGCGUGCAGGAAUCCACUAUUAGAUGUUGAGCGUCCAAAUACACACUUGGAUUCACUGAAGACAUGGGGAAAAUAAAGGAUGUUGAUGCAGAGGAUCAUGGAAAAGGACAGCGCUCUCCUAAAUUAUGUGGCACUAACUACCCAGUUAGCAUUGCCUUCAUUGUGGUCAACGAGUUCUGUGAAAGAUUCUCUUACUAUGGAAUGAAAGCGGUGCUCACACUUUAUUUCAUCCACUACCUGAACUGGGACAAGAAUCUUUCCACAGCUGUGUACCACGCUUUCUCAAGCCUGUGUUACUUCACUCCGCUUCUGGGGGCCGUGAUAGCUGACUCAUGGCUGGGGAAGUUCAAAACCAUCAUCUAUCUGUCUAUAGUCUAUGUGAUCGGCCAUGUGAUCAAGUCUGUCGGUGCCAUUCCUGAUGUGGGGGACAGCACUCUUCAUGUAGCUUUGUCAAUGCUUGGUCUGGUCCUCAUAGCUGUUGGGACAGGGGGGAUCAAACCAUGUGUUGCAGCAUUUGGUGGUGACCAGUUUGAUGAAGAGAAUACAAAAGAGAGGACAAAAUUCUUCUCCAUCUUUUACAUGUCAAUCAAUGCUGGAAGUGUCCUGUCCACCAUUGUCACGCCAAUACUAAGAGGUGAUGUGAAGUGCUUUGGAGGAGACUGCUACGCCCUGGCCUUUGGCGUUCCUGCGGCUUUAAUGGUCAUUGCCUUAGUGGUAUUUAUCUCUGGAAGUGGGCUAUAUAAGAAAAGUCCCCCGGAAGGAAAUGUCCUGGUGCGUGUUUGCAAAUGUAUUGGGUUUGCUAUACAAAAUCGAUGGAGGAAUUCCAAGAAGAGCCCAAAAAAGAGUCACUGGCUGGAUUGGGCAGAAGAGAAGUACCCAAAGCGGCUCAUUCAGGAAAUUAAAAUGGUGUUCAGGGUGCUGGUUCUCUAUAUUCCAUUGCCUAUGUUUUGGGCUCUCUUUGACCAGCAGGGUUCACGCUGGACUCUUCAAGCCACUCGAAUGAACAUGGAUUUUGGUGGAGGCUUCAUACUAAAGCCUGAUCAAAUGCAGAUGCUGAAUGCUUUGCUGAUCCUGGUGUUUAUCCCGAUUUUUGACAUGGGCAUAUACCCGCUGAUAGGACUGUGCCGGAUCAAACUCACUCCACUAAGGAAGAUGGCUGCAGGCAUGAUCCUUGCUGCGCUUGCAUUCUGUGCUGCAACUGUCGUAGAAAUCAACGUCAUUAAAACUGUUGUGGAGCCUUCUCCUGCCAAACAAAGCCUUGUUCAGGUUUAUAAUCUUAUGGAUUCAGAUGUCACCGUGCGGUUUCCAGUACACAGUGUCUUCUCAGAUCCACUUAAACCAAAUGAGGAUCCUUUGGGAUACACAAGUCUUCCACUUACUGGUGAAUCCCAGCUCCACACAGUCACUGUCAUUCACAAUGGAGCCGAAUCCCAGUGUGAACUCACCUUCACAGAACGGACUGCCUACAGUCUCUUCCUGCACACUGCACAAACUGGUGACAUUGCGUGCAAAUUGGUGGAAGAUCACAUCACCAAGUCUGAAACCGGGGAUGCAUAUCUAAGGUUUAUCAAUACCCACACAGAGAAUAUCAACAUAACUGUUGGCACUGGUGAAUUUUAUGCAGCUGCCAAUUAUGGGAUUUCUCAAAAUAUUAGUUUACCAAGGGGAGAAUACAAUGGAGUUGUGUGCAAAACAAACUCCGACCAAUAUCCCAUCGACCUGGGACUUCUUGAUUUCGGUGCCUUCUACACGGUCAUACUCUCAAAGAAAAGCGAGAGUCUAACAAUGGUGAAGAUGGAGGAUAUCCAAGCCAACAACAUUCACAUCACUUGGCAGAUUCCACAGUACGUCUUCCUCACUGCGGGAGAAGUCAUGUUCUCCAUCACUGGUUUGGAGUUCUCCUACUCACAGGCACCGGCAAGCAUGAAGUCUGUUCUCCAGGCUGGAUGGCUUAUGACGGUGGCAUUUGGGAAUGUCAUUGUACUGAUCGUGGCAGAGGGGGCUGCGAUGGAACAGUGGACCGAGUUCAUCCUUUUCGCUGUGCUUUUGGUGGCUGUCAGCAUCAUCUUCUCCAUCAUGGCCUAUUUCUAUACUUAUGUGGAUCCAGACCAGCUGGAUAAGACUUACAGAGAGGACACAGAUGAUGAGAAAGUAAAAAGUUCUGAUAGUAAGAUAAAGGAGACGGUUUCCUUGACUGACAUGCCAAAGCAAACCAAGAUGUAGCAGGUUUUUGUUAUGAACUAUUCAGAUCCAUUAAUUGCCAAUAAGCUUAUUCACUUCUUUCACAUCAGACUGUUUAAUUUAUUUUGGAGCCUUUAUGUGACAUAAUGCUGAGCUCUACUGCUCAGGGAUCAUUUUUUAACUGAAUUAAGAGAAAUUUGCUUUGCUGAAGGAAUUCUUAAUCUAAUGCUCUUUAGAUGGUACCUUACAGUACCUGAACAGUUAUAAAAUGUAAUUAAGAAUGUGAUGAACACUACCUUUCAAAAGUUUGAGGUCUGUAAGAUUUUUGUUUUUCAAGAAGUCUCUAAUGCUAAAGUUAGGCUGUAUUUAUUUGAUCAAAAAUACAGGAAAAACAAAUUAAUAUAGAUUUUAAAAUAUAAUUUGUUAUGCCUGCAAUGGCCAAGCUAAAGAUUUAGCAGCUAUAACUCCAGAAUAAAAUAAUUACUUGAAUUAAAAAAAAUCUUACUGACCCCAAAAUGUGUUUAAAUUUCAAUAUCAUUGACUAAUGCUGUUUGCACAUUUUUAAGCUCACAUUUGUACAUACUGUAAUGUUUAUCAGUCUUGCACGAUUCAAAUUCGUUAUCAUGGGACCUCUGUAAUUUCAUGUACUAAUUUGAACAGGAUUGGUAACUAGUCUGUUGUCAUGUGUAUGUGUGGGUCAUGUGAUGUAAUUAUAAUAUAAUGCAUAAAAUUACACCAGAUAAGAUUGCAGCACGAUUUGCCACCAACUGCUAUUUUACCUGACAAUUUGAACGAUAAUUAUGAGGAAAAAAAACAAGAUUAAAUUUGGCUUGAAGUUAUUUGAAGGUAAUUGUAUUGUGAAAAAAAUAUAUAGGCUACUACAAUCACAGACAUUCGUCUCCGAAGGGUUUAGAUUUAUACGCCCGAUUUGGCUGAUAAAUCAUUUUCUUUGUGUUUUACAUGAGUUACUUUGGGUCUGAAAAACAAAUGAGUAUUAAAUGUUGUUGACAACUGAUACAUACAAAAA